GGAGAGGUGAUGUGUCCUUGGCCUUUAGGAAGAGUCGCAAAGGCCUUACUCACUGUGAGAAACAUUGCAGCGAGCCUGAUUGCAGAGGGGCACGCAUUUUUUCAAGGCUUGAGUGCUGUUCUCUGAUUUCGGAGGGUGCUUUUAUGCCAGGUCACUGCUACAAUGAUCGCUGCUGGUGUGGCUGUAUCGCCCCUCCCAUCGCGGCGAGCGCGGAGCUUUCCUUGUCCGGGAAUUGCCGGCGGGGUCGUGAGGCCGGGCAGGCAGAGCUGGUGCAGCUCCCGGCCUUCACCUGCCCUCCCGAGGGGUUUUUUCUGUAAUCAUGACACAGCCGUGGCUAAUGCCAACCUUGUGGGUGUGCUAUGCUAAGGGAACGGCUCAGCAUCAAAGCAAACUUCCCAGCCGCGGGAAGAUGGAGAAUUUCUUACUGAAAAUGUUUUUUUUUUGUUUUUUUUUUGUUUUUUUCCGUGGUGGUGUGCAGCCUUCUGCUGCCCUGCCUCUGGCAUCAGGUGGAGUCACAGACCCGUGAAGUAACAUCAUCCUCGUGUCCUGCUGCUGCAGCAGGAUCUGCACCUCAGCCUGGGAUGAUCUGGCAUCUGCAUGUCCUGCCUCAUUCCAGGCAGCUGGGAUGAGAGAACAUGAUCCUUCCUGUCCCCUCCUGGCUGGCAGGCUCUGCUUCUGCUCUGAGCUGAAUCAGAAGAAGAUAAAGCCACCAACCCGUCCAACAGGCAAGAAGAUUGGGAAUACAUCAUUGGAUUCUGUGACCAGAUCAACAAGGAACUUGAAGGGUGGGUGUCCCAAACUUCUGUAGACUUAAUAAAUUACGUUCACAGUUUAAAGUGUGAAAUUCCAUUAUCAAACAUUUGUAUUUUCUUUUAUAUAUACUGAUAUCACAAGGAGGAGCUGGCUACAACAGAGAGAAGAUGCUGCCUCUCCUGUGAAGGCAGCAUGGCUAAUCCAGACUGAGCACUGGGAAACUCGGAAUUCUGAAUCUGCUUCUAAUUUCAGGUUCUGCAGCUCCAGGGUUCUCAUCUGGCCAAAAUUAUUCCAUUUGCCAGUCUGUAAAAUGGGGUUAUCACUGAUAGUCCUGGCCACAGAUAGCUGUGAGACUGCUGGCUCAUAAAAUCCAGUCACCACAGGAAUGGGAGGCAGUCCAAGCCCUGACAGUGCUGGAAGCUUGUAUGAAGAAUUGUGGGAGAAGAUUUCAUAACGAAGUCGGGAAGUUUCGCUUUUUAAACGAGUUAAUAAAAGUUGUGUCUCCAAAGUACCUGGGAGACCGAGUCUCAGAGAAGGUGAAGUCCAAAGUCAUUGAAUUGCUGUAUAGCUGGACUGUGGCAUUGCCAGAGGAAUCCAAAAUCAAGGAUGCCUACUACAUGCUGAAGAGACAAGGGAUUGUGAUGUUUGACCCCGUGAUUCCUGCAGACAGAACACUGAUUCCUUCCCCACCACCUCGUCCCAAGAACCCAGUGUUUGAUGAUGAGGAGAAAUCCAAGCUUCUAGCCAAGCUGCUGAAAAGCAAAAACCCAGAUGAUUUACAAGAGGCUAACAAACUUAUAAAAUCUAUGGUAAAAGAGGAUGAAGCUCGGAUCCAGAAGGUGACAAAGCGCAUGCACACCCUGGAGGAGGUGAACAACAAUGUGAAGCUGCUGAAUGAGAUGCUGGUUCAUUACAGCAAAGAGGACUCAUCAGAGGCUGACAGGGAGCUCAUGAAGGAGCUCUGCGAAAGGUGUGAAACCAAGAGACGGACACUGUUCAAGCUGGCCAGUGAGACAGAGGAUAAUGACAGCAGUUUGGGGGAUAUUCUGCAGGCCAGUGACAAUUUAUCACGUGUGAUAAAUUCCUAUAAAAAAAUUAUAGAGGGGCAAGUGAUCAAUGGUGAAGUGGAUCUCACUGGGAUCUCUGCAGUGGAAGGGAGUAACUCCACCAAUAAUCUCAACACCCUCAUUGACCUUGCUGGACUGGAUGUCACCAGCACCCCGCCACCUGUGAUGCCACCCAGCAGCCUGACAGCAGCCCCCAGCACAGCCCCUGGCCCAGCUGAGAUCCCCAUCCUCCCUCCUCCUCCCCAGACGUUCGCGCCGCUGCGCAGCAGCUCCUCCAGCCAGGUGGAAACAGCAUCUACUCAGCAGGGCAGCACAACCAGCUCCCUGUCCUUGCUGGAUGAGGAGCUCCUGUGCUUGGGCCUGAAUGACCCAGCCCCUGCAGCAGGGAAGGAGACCUCGGAAAACAACCAGUGGAGCAUGUUUGAGAAUGAGCAGUUGGACCUGGAUUUCUUUAAUCCGAAGAUGGUGACUGUUGCUUGCAACCCUGCAGGGAACCCUCUUCUCCAUCACACAUCACAGACCACGUGUGGGACAUCAGCCACGCUGCCUUCUGCUUUCCCAGCCUCCCAGACUGCUCCCAGCAUCCCAGCACCAAACUCAGCACCGUUUGUAUUUCCUGCUGUACCAGCUGCCCCUGCAGGGCCUCCUAAGACUAUUCCAGCUUCUCCUGGUUACUUCAGCUCGUCUGUGGGGAGCAACAUGUCACAUAAGACGGAUGCAUUGGGACAACUCCUUGAAGAAGCCAAAGGGAAUGCCACCCAAGGCAUGGUGACACCUUCAGUGUUCCCUGGGGUUACUUUGCCAAGCACUGUCACCCCUGCCCCAUUAGCAGCACCUGCAGGGCUGCCAGCCACUACCUCUGGAGCCCCUCCAGCUCCCUUCCCAAGCAGCUGCACUGCUGGAUCAGGAAGUCCUCUCUUCCAGCCAGCAUCAUUCCAGCAGCAAGGCAGUCCUGUGAAAGCACCUGAAAUUUCUUUGGCCAAUGUCCACGUUCCCCUGGAAUCCAUUAAACCCAGCAGUGCCCUGCCCAUUACAGCCUAUGACAAGAAUGGCUUCCGGAUCCUGCUGCACUUUGCCAGGGAGUGCCCUCCAGGGCGCUCGGAUGUGCUGGUCGUGGUGGUCUCCAUGCUGAACACAGCGCCCCUGCCCGUGAGGAACAUCGUGCUGCAGGCAGCCGUGCCCAAGUCCAUGAAAGUGAAGCUACAGCCACCCUCUGGCACUGAGCUGUCUCCGUUCAAUCCCAUCCAGCCACCAGCUGCCAUCACCCAGGUCAUGCUUCUGGCAAAUCCUGCAAAGGAGAAGGUGAGGCUGAGGUACAGACUGACCUUCACCCUGGGAGAUCAGCCCAGCACAGAAGUGGGCGAAGUGGAUCAGUUUCCCCCGGUAGAGCAGUGGGGGAAUCUAUGACCUCAGGACACUGCCAGAGACUGACAGGACCAGGGCAGGAUCCCACAGGACUGGAAUGGAUGUGCCGUGAGGAGGGACACACAUGCUAUCCACUGGUGAUGUUCAGCUUUGUUUACAUGUCCUGACCACUCUGCUUGUAGCUUUAGUCCAGAAUGUUGUGCCCCACAUUUGAAGGGGCCCUGGAACACUUACGCCAAGCAUGAACUGAAAGGCAGCCAGUGACAGGCAGUGCUGGCUGCUUUUACCUUGACCUCUGGGUGAAUCUGGUUCUAUCUUCCACUCUAUUAAACUUGAAGUUAUUGUAUUUUGAGGGAAGACCUGUCAGCAGAAGGGGGUUUAGUUGGCUUUUCCUGCACUGCUGUCCAGAGGUCCCAACAGGCUGUGGGGUGAUGAUGCCGUGAGCUCAGCGCAGAGCCGUGACAGAGCCCUCCCUGGGACUGUGACUCCUUGUGCCACAUGGGCUGUGAGCAUGCUGAGCAAUAAUGCUGCUCCAUGAGGGAAUGCUUCCUUUUUUACACUGAAAUAGCACUUAGCUCCCUUCUCCCUCUCCUGCUUCAUUCCCAAGGGCCCGAGUAAACAGCUCCUUGCUCCAUGUGUGCCAUAUUGCUGUAUCUUUACUUGUUCUAUUUAUUUUACACUGCUGGCUGCCACUCUGGGGCAUCCAUUUGGGACAGCUGGAGCUGAGUUUUGUCUGUAAAUGGUUACACUGGCGGUUUUGGUGUUUUUUUUUUGUUUUGUUUUGGUUUGGGUUUUUUUGGUUUUUUUUUGGUUUGGUUUGGUUUGGGUUUUUUUUGCCUUCAUUGCAUUCCAUCAUGUGGGGAAAAGAGAAUAUGCAUAGUGAGGAAGAAAGCGGGCUGGAGGGUAUUGGUCAGUAUUAGAGGAGGACAGUGCCUGGAGCACAGAACUGUCUUUACAAUCACUAGUCAGGGCCAGUGACUGAAACCAGGGAUCAGGAGAGAUGCCUCUCAUGUCCCCUCAUGCAGGCAGUGUUACUGGUAUAGAAUCUAAUACUGUUUUAUUGCUGAGUACAAUGACCUACAAGAUGUAAAUAAUAGAGCUGUAGGCUAUUGCAACAGAACAAACAGGCAGAGAAAGGAAGAGGCUCCCCCGAGCUGUGAUGGGGCAUAUGCUGGGUUAAUGUCCCAUUUUUUUUGCUCUGUGUAUUAAGUGGCAAAGUGCAAUUGUCCCCACAAAGGGGGAAGCAGUUUUGCUGGACAUCAGUGUUAACAGAAGAGCUGAUUCCUUAGCUACAACCUCCCAGAAAUAAGGUUUAAAUCAUUAGGAAGCAGCCCCUUCCUUCUCAGUUUCAUCUCAAGCAGUGCCUCAGUGAGCUCUGAGCCAGACUGUUGUAAAUUAAUGGGAGUUUUUAGCACCUACUGACACAAGCACAGAGAGGUGCUUGCUCAGUCCUUGGACACUCAGCUCUGCAUUUCCAGUAGGGCUGUCAAACAACAGUGCUUCUCAAAUGUAGAGUGGGAGCAGCACAGAGAAAAGCAGUACACAGAGGCUCCUGCCUCAUGUAGGAAAACUGCACAGAACAUGAUGCUGGAUUUAAUGGUGGCUGUAAAACCAUUGCUGCAAACACAGCUUGCAGUUAUGCAUAGUUCAAUUUUCUUUACUGUGCUGCAGAGUAAAAAUCCCUAGAGAUGAAAAACAGGGAAUUCACAAGCCAGAGGCCCUCAUCAGAGACACCAGGCAGCUGCAAGAGCCCCUGAAAGUGGAAUCCAAACUUGUCCUGGUCUGAAGCCUGGGGAGAGGUCAGCUUUGUCAGCUCCCUGAUGUAGAAGGCAAGGGAGAGGGAUGGGUUGUUUGGAUCCUAAAGAAAGCUGUUUUAAAUUGAUGGACUGGGAGACAAGGGGAGAACUCUUUCUGCCUCAUACAUGUUCUUGCCAGCACUUUAGACACAGUAGGCAUGGGGGCAGUGCCUGGGUGGUGUGUCCUGAGGAGCAGGGUCACCACUUCCCUGCACGUGGAUCUCACUGUGACUUGGAGGAAGGCAGGAGAGCACAGGUGCUUUCUGUGAACAGCAGCAGCCUCCUGGACAUGGACAUGCACCACGGUUCUGCUGCUUUGGAAAUUAAACUAUGAAUGUUCUUUGUCUGUAGGGUGAGGUUCCUGCUUCAUCCCCAGCAAUCCUACCUGUACAUACAUCUUCAAUGCGUUUGUGCUGCUGCAUGUUGAAUAAAUCAUUUUCCCUA